CUCGAUCAAUCACAGUUAUAGACAACGUCUUUGUACGUGUCGUGCCUCUUACGUUAUUGCACCGUGGUUUUGUCGCGACCGGUGCUUCGUAUACGAAUAGUGUGGAAUCUUCGACGCAAGAUCGACCCGAAUGAAGGAAGCAAGGAAGGAAGGCAGUCGUGGGAUGUGACGUAUGGUACCGCACGAUAAUCUUGCUAGUAGAGUGACAUGAAACACCUUUCGCCGGAGGAGACUGCUUGAAAAGUGUACGGUGCAACGAAGGGCCGCGUUGUGUCGACCAUGGUUGUCAAAGGACUUGCCGCAGCGCUGUACGUCGUCGCUGCGAUAGUGCUGGACAAUGCGGCCCCAGGUCUCGCCGGCUCGUGGUGGCAACCGAGGAUGCCGAUUUACCGAUUGCGCGUGAAGAUGGCCUGCUCGGGGAUUCGGUUCGUGUACCGGUCAGAGUGGGGUGCCCGGCCGGCCAAAAACCACAGCCGACUCGAGGUGCAGCCAGUGCAGAAGUUCUUCGUGCACCACACCGAGGGUCCGGAAUGCUUCGACUACCGGAGCUGCUCGGAGCGCAUGCGCCACUGGCAGAACUUUCACAUGGACACUAGAGGUUGGGACGACCUCGGCUACAGCUUCCUCAUAGGCGGUGAUGGGAGGGUGUACGUGUCCCGAAGUUGGGACCGGAGCGGCGCCCACACCAAGGGCCACAACCACGAUUCGCUGGCGGCGGCCUUCAUCGGCGACUUCUCGCGCCACCUGCCUACUCCCGGGGCAAUGGGGGCGCUCGCGAGACUGCUGCAGUGCGGCGUUGCCUUGGGCAAGAUCCGUGCCGACUACACGAUCCACGGUCACCAAGACGCCGCCUGCAAAGCAUGUCCCGGUGGCGUCCUGUACUCCUACAUUUCUCGCUGGAGGCGCUUCGGCGGGAGGGUGAAGAAGUACGUGUGUGAAAUGAAAGAUAAGAAGCCGUCAUACGCGGGCAGCACCUUGUGGGAGCGGCCUGCGGAUGAUGCUGACGUCACGCAUGGCUUCCUCCAACCGGAAGCCGAGUAUACAGUGCUGAGCCGCGUUUCGACGGGGACAACGUGCAAGAGACGCGUUCGCACAACAAACAGUCGGGGAAAAACACUUUAUCAGGUGACUUGCGGGGCGGGGGCUCAGAAGAAGGGAGGAUUAGCGUUAUUGCUAGGCGCAGACCACAAACGGAUAGUCGCCGGGCAACGCGGUGCUGUCACGCACUACAGAGGCGAUCUCUCCUGCGAUCACCGGAGAAACAAAAUGUUGCGAUCGUGCAAGUACGGCUACGUGGGGAGUGCCAAGAACCUACUUGCGCUUGGGGCACUUGGAGCGAUUCUACAGGGCGUGACGAUCGGCGCCCAGCGUUGCCCGGGCGUGGAGAUCGUGUCCCGCAGCGGAUGGGGCGGCCGGGCUCCGAGAAGCCGAGUGGCCAUGAAGAAUCCGCGCGCUCAGUACGUGUUCAUACACCACACCACGGGAUCCCAGUGCAAGGACAAGGCAGGCUGCAGCAGGCUCAUCCGAGGACACCAGAACUACCACAUGGACAAGAACGGAUGGCCAGACAUCGGCUACAGCUUCCUCGUGGGCGGCGAUGGACGUGUCUACGAGGGCCGCGGCUGGGGUCAAGUAGGAGCCCACACUCGAGGCUACAAUUACAACGGCAUCGCCAUCUCCUUCGUUGGAGAUUUCAUGAAGUCGACGCCCAAUCAAGGGAUGCUCAACGCAGCCAAGAACCUCAUCACCUGCGGCGUCAAAAUGGGCAAGAUCAAUCCAAGCUACUCUCUGCACGGUCACCGCGACGCCAACUGCACUGCCUGUCCAGGAAACCGGCUCUAUGACAUCAUCAAGAAGUGGGCCCGCUACGGCGGGAGACUCAAGAAGUUUGUGUGCUAGAAGCGCGCCCAGCGGCCGUCAGACGCGAUACAAGAGAGCCACGCAUGACGGUCUGCGGAAAUCAGAGUGGAUACCUAGGUUCUUCAAUAUUGCGUAGAAGGUGCCAGAAUACUACUUCAAGAUUAGCAACAUCUCCAUAAUGAAUAGUAAUCCCAUAAUUACACAGAUUGCAGGGCGAGAUGAGGUGCUUGGCCCACGUGCGUCAGUGGCUCAGGCUUGAGCAUUAUCAGAGGAUACCUCUUUUGGAAUGUCCAGCUCAAGUAACCCAAGCCAAAGGUGAUUGAUUAAUCGCCGUCAAUAUAGGAACCGACCUGUACAAUAAAGCGAUGUAGCCUGUGUAUGUGUUCGUUGUGAUAUACAAGCGACCUCGUGGUGCUGCAUAUCGCGGUGAUA